CAGAGCAACCUUCGACGGGAACCGCACGUGUACCCGGAGAUUUAUAAUAGAUAUAUAUUUUAUUGGUUCAUUUAGAAUCAGUUAUUCGUUCAAGAUGAAAAGUUUAAUUAUUAUCAUCCUCGCUGUUUGCACUUUUGUUACAGCUCAAGACUUCAAAUGUCCGGAAAAGAACGGCUUCUACCCGGACCCCUACCAAUGCGACCUUUAUUACAAAUGCAGCAGAGGAAAAGUGGAAACAAAGCUCUGCCCUGAUGGUCUAGUCUUCUUUGACGAGAACCCUAAUAAGGAACUCUGUGACAUUCCUUCUAACGUCGACUGUGGGGAUAGGAAAGAAUUACAGGAACCAAAACCUACUAAAGGUUGUCCACGACAAAACGGAUACUUCAAGCAUCCCGAUCCCCAGGCCUGUGACAAGUUCUACUACUGUGCCGACGGUAUUCCCAACGAGCUACCAUGCCCUCCUGGCCUCUACUUUGACGAAGAGUCCUCCAACUGCGACUGGAAAGAGUCCGUAGCGAGACGUUGUGACCAAAUCACAAAGGAUGUCCUUGAUGACGGUUUCACUUGUCCCGAUGGUGAAGUGAUGGGACCUAAUGGACGUGCUCUCCCACACCCCACUUUCCCCCACCCUGAAGACUGUCAGAAAUUCUACAUCUGCCGUAAUGGAGUCCAACCACAAAAGGGUAGUUGUCCCUCAGGAAAAGUGUACAACGAAGACACUUUCACGUGCGAUGACCCUGAAAAAGUACCUGGAUGUGAAAACUACUACGAAGGUCAACCUACUGAGAAGAACAAAUUACCGAAGAAGGCAUAACUACUAGAUAAUAAGUUUUAUUAUUAGUGUUAAAGUAAAUAAAUAGCGUUAUAGAUU